AUGGGUUACGGAGCUGAGAAUCUUACGAUGGACUUACGUUCAAAAUUGUUUUCCAACAUUUUGUCGCAGGAUAUGGGUUAUUUUGACUCACCCCUGCACGCUUGUGGAAAGAUAUGCACACGAUUGGCUACUGAUGUACCAAAUUUACGAUCAGCAAUCGAUUUCCGUCUGAGUACGGUAAUCAUGACCAUGAUUUCAAUGAUUGCUGGUAUUGUGUUGGCAUUUUACUAUGGGUGGCAAAUGGCGCUACUGGUAGUUGGAAUACUUCCACUGCUCGGUUUUGGGCAAGCUUUGCGUGUUCGUGUGAUGGGUGGUAAGCAUCGAAAAAAUGCAAAGGAUUUCGAGGAUUCUGGAAAGGUUGCUAUGGAAGCAAUUGAGCAUGUCCGAACAGUUCAAGCGCUCACCAAAGAGGAAGCAUUCCAUGAGAAAUUCUGCAAUUAUCUCGACGCUCCUCAUCAUGACGCCCUUCGUGAAUCAUUCAUUCAAGGACUCGCCUAUGGGUAUGUUAACGAUGCUGACCAGCACUAG